UUCCGAAUUCGGCUUCCUGCUGGAAGUUGGGGUCGGGAAAGCGAAUGUGGGACCCCAGGUUCUGAAACCAAAGCAGGUGGGGCUGUUUGACCAAGAGGAAGCUAGCCUCGUGCUGUAGGUGACAGAGUCCGCAAUGGCAACCCUGAGUAUGUGUGAGGAAGAUCAUGGGGAGAUGACGUGUGCGGCUGGGUCCGGGGGGAGUUGAACGGCAGAGAAACUACGAGGGAAGAAGAUGGCCUUUCCCUCACCCACGGAAGAGGUCUCUGGAAAGCCAGGGAUCUCACGAUUCCCUUUAUUGUGCUCUGUUUCCUCAGGAGUUGGCUUCAUAAAGAUCAGAACCAAGAAGAGAACUGGUCAACAUCCAGGAGUUUUAAAUCAUGGCCCAUGUAAUGACGUUCAGAGAUGUGGCUAUAGACUUCUCCCCGGAAGAAUGGGAAUGUCUGACCCUGGAACAGAGGCGUUUGUACAGAGAUGUGAUGUUGGAGAACUACAGCCACCUUGUCUCAGUAGGCCUUUGCAUUUAUCAACCACGUGUGUUCCCUGUGGAAAAAGAACAAGAUGCCUCCGUGGAUUUGGGCAGUGAGACCAGCAGGUUUUACCCAGAUAUAGAUUCCAUGUGGCAGAUGAAGAAAGUUCUACCAAAAACUAGCAAAUGUGCAAGGCAGUUAUCCCAGUGGGAAGUAAUGGAAACCGAUACAAACCACAGCCUUGAAGGUUCCUGUCCUAGAGCUGACUGGGAGGGCAAAGGUCAAGUUCCAGCACAAAAGGAGAGUCAAGAGGGAUGCUUUAAGCAGAUGGCGCUUACCGAUGAAGAAAUGCCCUUUUUGAAUCAGCUCACAGCUUUUAAUCAGUGUCCAGGACUAAAUAUAGAAGAGAAAGCAAGUGACUUCAAGUCUGAAAAGUCCUAUAGUUUUGCCGCAGGCGCCACCCAACUCCAGUUAAUUCACCCGGGUGAGAAAUUUGAAGAAGACGAAAAGUGUGGAAAGAGCUUCCCUCCUGGUGCCAGACUGGCGCGGUGCCGCGUGCUUCACGCUGCAAAGAAGGCGUUUCAGUGCGAGGAAUGCGGCAAGGCUUUCAGUUUCCGUUCCAGUCUUACCGGACACAAGAGGAUCCACACGGGGGAAAAGCCCUUCCAGUGCAAGGAGUGCGGGAAAGCCUUUCGGUUCCAUUCGCUGCUCAGUGUCCACGUCCGGAUUCACACGGGGGAGAAGUCCUACGAGUGUAAGGAGUGUGGGAAGUACUUUAACUACAGCUCAGACCUCACUCGCCACCACCGGAUCCACACCGGAGAGAAGCCCUACCAGUGCCGGGAGUGUGGGAAGGCGUUCAGCUGCGGCUCAGACCUCACGCGCCACGAGAGGAUCCACACUGGUGAGAAACCCUAUGAGUGCAACGAAUGUGGGAAGGCCUUUAUCCAGCAGUCGCAUCUCAUCAAACAUCAGAGAAUCCACACUGGUGAGAAACCUUACGUGUGCAAGGAGUGUGGGAAAGCUUUCACGUGUGGCUCACAAUUAAGCCAGCACAGGAAAAUCCACACUGGUGAUAAGUUGCGGAAAUGCAAAGAAUGCAAAAACUCCUUUAGUUUUGCCUUAGAUCAUACCCAACGGCAGUUAAUUUACAUCGGUGAGAAGUUCUUUGAAGAUAAGGAAAAUGGGAAGGCGCUUUUUCCAGAUUCAGAGCUUCCUCAGUACCAGACAGUCCACACUGGUAAGAAAAUAUACGAGUGUCAAGGAUGUGGCAAGGCUUUUAGUCUGCGCUCCAUUGUCAGCAGCCUGAAGAAAAUUCACAACAGGGAGAAGCUCUUUAAAUGCCAGGACUGUGAGAAGGCCUUCCGGUGUCCCUCGGAUCUGGCCCGCCAUCAGAAGAUCCACACCGGCGAAAAGCCCUACAAGUGUAAGGAAUGCGGGAAGGGAUUCAUUUGCAGAUCAGACCUUGGCCGGCAUCAGAGGGUUCACACUGGAGUAAAGCCUUAUGUGUGUAAGGAGUGUGGAAAAGCUUUCACUCGCGGGGCACACCUCACUCAACAUCAGAAAAGUCACAUUAAGAAGCCGCACGACUUUAGCGGAGGGGAGAAGGCCUUCGGUUCUGCUUUAGAAAACCCUCAGCAGUCGCUGAUUCGUUCUGGUGAGAAAUUCUGGGAGGAUAAGGAAUUUGCGGAGACCUUUGCUUGUGGUUCAGAACUUUCUCAGUUUCAGCCUGGGAAGACAGCAAAUGAAUAUAAAGGGAAUGGCAAGGACUUCAGCUGGCGUUCAAAUGAUAGAGAUCUUAAGACAAUUCAUAUUCGGGAGAAGCGUUUUCAAUGUCGGGAGUGCCCAAAGGCCUUUAGAUACAGCUCCGAACUCACGCGCCACCAGAGGCUGCACACCGGUGAGAAGCCCUACAAAUGCCAGGAAUGUUGGAAAGCGUUUGCCUCUGCCUCAGACCUCGCUCGGCAUCAGAGGAUCCACACCGGGGAGAGGCCCUAUGAAUGCAAUGAAUGUGGAAAAGCCUUUAUCCAGCAGUCACAUCUUAUUAAACAUCAGAGAAUCCACAGUGUCGAACAGCCCAAGGGUGUAAUGAAUGCGGAAAAGCCUUCUGUUGGCAGCCAGAUGUUACUGAGCAUGAGAGAGUUCACACUGGUCAAUAAUCUUAUCAAUUUAAGGAGUGUUGGAAAGAUUCUACUCAUGGCUCAGCUCAAUCAGUGUCAGAAGAUUUAUACUGAUGAGGAAUCAAGUUGAGGCAGAACUCUUGGAAAAGCCUGUUUUGUGUCUCAAAUUUUACGCAGCACUAGAAUGCCCACAUUGGUAGGGAACCUAGGACCGAGCUUUAGAAAAGCCUUCAUCUGUAACUCAAGCCACUGUCUCCUGUGGAAUAUCUUCACUGUGUGAAGAUAAUGUCACUGUGGUUGACUUAAUAAAAAAGCUAAUUGGUCAAUGGCUCAGGAGGGAUUUUCAAGGUAGAGAGGACGCUGGGAAGAAGGGCGGAAUGGUUAGCCAGAUGAAGAGCAAGCAGGAUGGGCUUUGUGGAGAUGCAGUCAUAAAGCCAUGAGGCAGAAAGUGCAUGACUUAAGUUAUAAGGUCUAGCUAAGAACAAGCCUAAGCUAUCAGCUGCACUUUCAUAAUAAGAAGUCUGAUUUGGGAGCUGGCUGGCGGGAUAGAAAGACUCGCUAUAACUGUCAUGUGAGUUAUUCCAUGGUGGUAGGAAACCCUACAAGUAUAAGUGGUGGGAAAGACCUUCUUGGGUUCAUAACUUGUUCGAAGUGAGAAUAUUCAUGAGAAAAAACUGGAUGUAAGGAAUACGGAAAGACCUUUAUGUUUCAGAACUGAAUGGACAUCUGUGACAUGUUGGCUAAGAAAAUGAGUUCAAGGAAUGUGGGAACACUUGUUGGUGAUUCUGAACUUAAUUGGUAGAAAGAACAUACUCAAAAGAGACAAGAAGUGUGGAGAAGCCUUUCAGAACCACGGCCUUAGGAGCGCAUACAACAGGGAACCACCGAUGUCCAGGGAAUGUGGAGAGAUUUUAUUUUGGACUCGCCUCUCAUGUGACAGGAAGUCCAUACUGAUGCAGCGCCCGUAAGUAUGAGAAGAGUGACUUCGUGAUCUUGUAAACUUGGGUUGACAGCUGGACGUUUGUACUCUUGUGUGGUGUGAAACCCAGAGCCUGCGCUUGCUGUCCGAGUGCUCUUGUUUCCCAGUCCCCCCUCCCCCCAGGAGGGCACUUAUGAAGACAGUAUUUUCCCUCUCUUCACUGCUGUGGCUGUGUGUGACACAGAAGCAAGAAAAGCUAACUUAUUUCUACUCGUUACAAUAAUUUCUUUUCAAAAACCCCUUAAGUGUAAUACCAGAAGACCUCUGGGCAAAAUAAUAUGCCUGUCAUCCAGGGUCAUGAUAUAGUCUAUGUUAAUUUAGGAAAGACUUUACCAGUGGGCUUUUUGUGUGCUGUAAAGAUGCCUUACGAGAGAAGUGGCUAUAGCUCUAUUUUAGAGUAUUUGCAAAGAAAUGUAAAUGUGUAAAAUAUUCAAGACAUGAUUUUUAUAUGUGGAGCACAUAUUUUCUAGAAAAACUUAGAAGUGCUUGUUUUUUUUAACACAACAUAGAAAGUCCAAAAGAAUUUUUAAAACAUCAGAAUUGCAUUUAAAAUGUCCUGUGAGGGCCUGGAGAUGUGGCUCAGUUGGUCAAGUGUUUGCCUGGCAGGCAUGAAGCCCUGGGUUUGGCUUCCAGUACUGCAUAAUCAGGUAUCACGGUCCAUGCCUGAAAUGCUAAUACUCAGAAGGUGGAGAUAAGAGGAUCAGAAGUUCAGGGUCUUGCUUGGACCACGUAGUUAAUUCAAGGCCAGCCAGGAAUCCGUGAGACUGUCUCAAAGGAAAAAGAAAACCAUGUUUGACCAAGGUUAUGGGAGAUACGUAAUAUAUUUUACAUAUAUAACAUAUGUAUAUAUAUGUGUGUGUGUAUAUAUAUAUAUAUGUAUAUAUACCAUGGAAGAAAAGGGAACCAUGUGGAACUUAGCAUAAUUCUUACAUUUGAAAAGUUUCAGUUGUAAAGGUAAAUGAAGAAUCUCAAAGGAGGUGAACUGGACAUUUAAAGGGAAAGGUGAUGCCAGCUCCUUUUCAGGCAUGUUUUGUGGGUGAAUGACAAUUCUAGAUGAUGCAAGCAUAUAUUUAGGUCAGUGCUGAGUAUCAUGCAAAUUCAGUUCUUGGUACCUUUUAGUAUUAUAUGUUCAGCAAUGGUGAGUAAAUGUACAUAUUUAAAACAUUUAAGUAUAUUUCAUGUGCAUGUUAUUCUGAGAUUAUUAUCAUUUAUGAACUUUAUAACUUGGGAUAAUUCUGUCAUAUCUUUACUAUAAUAAAGUUAUAUUCAUUCAUGCUUGUAACAUGAA